AUGCAAAACGUCGACUCCAUAGGCGGUUUAGAAGACCUCAACCUGCCCCGUCGCCGUGGCCAGAAUGUCGAUGGGACGGAACACAGUUUGGAUCGGCCAUGGGUCAAGAACCCACCAACUUCAGAGCACGAGUGCCUGAACCUCAACAUUAGCGUCCCGUGCACACCACAGUCGCCUGAGCUUGAACCUGGUCUCCCAGUCAUGGUGUUCCUGCACGGCGGGGCGUUCGCCUACGCUGCUGGGUCGGCGGGGAUGUAUGAUGGGCGAGUCUUGGCGGAUAUAUCUCGUGAUACGCAGAUCCCCACGAUCAUCGUCACGCUUAACUACCGACUGGGUGUUUUAGGAUUCCUCGCUAGUGAGGAAAUUAUGGCAUAUAACAAAAGCCACGGUGAAGCGGGUGUGGGGAAUUAUGGUCUGUGGGAUCAGGUAGAAGCACUGAGGUGGCUUCAGAAGCACAUCCGGGCAUUCGGGGGAGAUCCGAGUCGCGUGACGCUUUUUGGCCAGAGUGCUGGAGGAGUGUCUACAAAUGUUCAUCUGCUUCGCGGCGAGCCUCUCUUUUCGGGGGCAAUUCUACAGUCUGGUCUGCUCCCACUAUGUGGGAUCAUGACAGUCGAGCAGUACCAGAACGUCUACGAGAAGACCCUGGAGGUCCUAGGAAUACCCACCGACCUCUCCCCCCAGGAGCGAUUCGCGCAGCUCUUGCAGGUCGACGAGGCUCGCCUGACAGCCAGUAUGGUUGACGUAUUUAUGAUUCCAGUCGUUACCCUCGCACUCUGCGACGACCACGUGCUCAUCAAAAGCCCCAUGCCCUCAUACAACAGCUUCAGCACAUUUCAGCCCCCGGCAUGGUGCCAGCAUAUCAUGAUCGGCGACGCUGGGAACGAAUGCAUCAUCUGGAAUAAAGCGUAUCGGGACCUGAAAGCCGAGGGGCUUCUAUCCAGAUGCGCCGCGGUGGUAGGUCUGGAGGCAGCGCGGAAAUUACUAUCGAUAUACAACAUCACACCCUCACUCUCCCCCACAGAGACCUUCUACGCAAUCGAGAAGUUCACCACCGAUGGGAUGUACCUUGCGAUGAACUAUGAUGCGAUGCGUGCAUUCCCAAGCUGCUUUGCGUACCAUUUCGACGAACCCUCGCCGUACGACAACGAAUGGGGCGGGCUGGCGCAUCACAGUCUCGAGAAUGUAUUCAUAUGGAGCACGCUCCGGCACACACUGCCACCGGCGCAGCAGAAGCAGUCAGAGCGGAUGGCGAGGCUGUGGCUGAGGUUUGCGCAAGGGGAAGAGCCGUGGGAGCGAUUCAGUCGGGCUGAGAAGAUGAUGAUCUUUGCAAAUGGUACGACGGAAAUCAAGACCCCGGCUGAAGAUUCAGGCCGUGGGUAUGAGAGAUGGGCGCAGGUUCAGAGGGAAGGUCUCCAGGAAGCGUUUGGGAGGUUGUCGGAUGACUUGUGUAUUCUACGAAGGAAUCUCUUGGACAUGAAUGUGAAGCCCGGGCCAAUGGAGGUUGUAAAGCCUGCACCUACUGUUGGGGAGAUGACGGGGGAGAUUGGGAUUUUAUGA